AUGCAGUAUGGCGAUCGAAUUUUCAAGACAUUGUCCCACAUGCCCCCGGACUGUCGACCGACAACGUCAAAUAUCACACCGGCGCGAUCUUUCCGAGAGUGUGGAUACAUCCUCUCGUACAUCGGUCCGACGACGAAGCUGCGGUCGUUCCUUAUGAACAUAAACCGCCCGGACGUCGACUCCUUCUGGGUUUCAUCUCGAUUCAAGGGACCGAUGGACAGAGAGCACGUCCCGAUGAUCACCUUGACAACUAUACGCGAGGUACGCGAUGUCUUGCCCGAGCUAUGUCGUAACAUACUGUCCCGCGCAAGACCAAUUCGGCAAUCGCACGAAGGAAAGAUGCGGACGUUUACAUUCGGAUCCCGGGGAACGUGUCAGCUCUUCUUUACCAUUCCUCCGAUCACGGAGCUUUCGUGUACAAUGUGUUGUAUCCUCGUUGGCAGAGCUUUACAUCAGUGUAUGGCGGACAACAUCGACAAGGAAGCAUCACAUUCACAUUCACCUGGGACCUCAUCUGCGCACACUGAGCGCCGUUACGAAAUUGCAGAGACUCAUAUCAUGUCGCAGAACGUAUUUCAGGCGAACGAGCGGUGUCAUAUUCCAACCCAAACUCCCCCCGAACAGACACCCUCAUGCAAUCUAGCGACGAGUCCUACCAGCCUCGAGACCGCCGUCCGUGGACCGAAGAGGAGGAUGAAUCCCUCCGGGUGGCCAUUGAAGAAGAGACUCUGCAGUGCAGUAGAGGAGCUCGGGCCUAAAUGGGCCCUCGUAGCAAACAGAGUGCGUACGCGGAACAGCGGACAAUGCGCAAAGCGUUGGAACGACGCCCUGAACCCCACAAUUGAUCGAAGUGGUUGGAGCCGAGAAGAGGACGAACUAUUGUUGGACGCAGUUGAGAAGUACGGGCACUCAUGGGCCAGUAUUGCUCGCACUUCACUUCCUGGUCGCACGGGAUUAGCCGCGAAGAAUAGAUACAAUCAUCUCAUGCGGGGCUCUUGUAGAGCCAACGGCAAGCGGACUCGACGUGUCUCAACUGCAUAUCCCGCACCAAGAAGGCGAACUUCCAGGAGCGACUCAAUGUCUUCCUUCGUCUCCGGGACUCCCAGUCCGACCUGGAGCGCCAGCCAAUCAUCGGGAUCAGAACCGGGAACAGUUCCCUCAACGCCCAAGCUCGUUGCAGAGGGAGAUGAAAUCCAUCCACCACUUUUGUGCACCGGAGCAGACGAUGCUAUGCCGAUUGACUUCGCAACGCGUCUUCACACGCGCUUGCCGUCCCCAUUGCCGCUUGUCCCGUCAGUGGGUUCUGAGAAGCGCCUCUCAGACGCUUACAUCACAUCCACUCCCUUGCACAACUUUCCGGAGGCCUCUUCUUCCGCGCUGGCAUUCCAUGACUUCUCGCCAGAUUUCAACCCCUACAUGUAUCCAUCUCCGUCAGACGUGCUUGGUGAUGCCGAGCAGAUGGAGUUCUUCAACAUGUGGUCGCCAGGAUUGUCAGGGCCGACAACGCCUGCAGAAGCCGCCUUCUUCGACCCCUCUUUCUCCUUGUCGCAGCAUGCUUUCGAGACGCACGAAACAUUGGCUGCGAGCGGAGAGCUAUCCCCACGAAGCUCUCAUGGCGAUAGCAUAUCUACUUUUGCGCAGCCCCUAGCUGCUUUCGCGCCUCAGGAACACCGCCUAUCUUCACCCCUCUCGCAGUCAAACCUUGACAUAUCAAAUGCAGUUCUCGAUGCACAUCUCACUGUCGGAUGCAUACCGGCAUUCCCCGACAAAGCUAGCGUUCAUCUCACACAACCCAUUGCGGACUCCCCAGAACGCCGAGUCGCUGUUGCUGUCGCAAUCUGCGAUCAACAAGACAUAUUGUCCACGGUGCACUCCCUUUCGCAGAGUCUUUCUACGAUGCUAGGGCAGGGGCAAGGAAUCAACGCAGACUCGUUCUUAUUGGCUGAGCAUGAGCGGCUCUCGCCGAUAGGAUUCUCAAAAGAUCAGGAAAUCUCGUGGACGCCCUGA